AUGGCGACAGACGACAUCCAGAUCCCGCAACACGUGGGCCUCUCAGAAGCACCCCGCGAUGUCGAAGCCAUCAAGAAGCAAGAAAAGGCCGCUCUGUUGCCACACUGGGAUUCCGGCAUCGCAUUCAAGCUCGGCUACAACCUUCGCACACGCCUGCUUACCUUUGAGCGACCGGCUGUCGUAGAUAUUUCUACCAUCAGCACGCCAGGUCAUGUGCUUUUUCAUGCCGUAACACACUCCGGCACAGCCCUAGACAACGACUUCUGGGUCAGCCGCAAACGCGCAGCCGUCAUCCGCUUCAACGCAAGCACGUGGCGUCUGCAGAACCAAUUUGAAGGCGACGAGGAGAAGUUCAAGGCCAAGAUGGGCCUCGGUGAGACGGCGAAAGACUAUGCGAUUCACGGUGGUGGCGUGCCGAUUUACAUCAAGAACUGUGAUGGACCGGUUGCGGUGGUCGUUGUGAGUGGGUUGAAGCAGUGGGAUGACCAUCAGGUUGUGAUUGAGGAGUUGGGUAAGCUUUGCGAGGAGAUGGAGAAGGGUACUGCGGGUACGCCGAUUUAG